AGUGUUUUGACAGAUGUAAUUGUUAUAUUGUAUAAAUUAUUUACAAAAUGUUUCGUGUGGGGCAGAGAUUUUUUUGUAGUAAUCAUCAACUAAGUAAUUAUUUUUCUUCUGAUUACUUAUAUACCGAAGAGAAUGUAAAAAAAACUGCAGCAAAAUUUGCAAGUAUGAAGCCAAUUCGAUUUAAUACCAAAGAGCCUCCAAUGAGGGCAGCUGUAUUAAUUCCACUUUGCGAAGUUGACGGCAAGGUGUCGUUACUGUAUACUUUAAGAGCGGCGCAUUUAAAAAAUCAUCGAGGCCAAGUCAGCUUUCCUGGUGGCAAGCAAGAUGAGAUGGACAAAAGCUUAGAGGAAACAGCUCUUAGAGAAACACAAGAGGAAUUAGGAAUACGUCCCGACGAUGUAGAACUGUGGGGUAGUGGUAAUUUAAUAGUUACUAGGGGAGAGACCUGUGUAUUACCAGUUAUAGGAAGAGUAGUGAAACCAUUAUCAGCUGACAAAUUAAAAGUGAAUCCUACAGAAGUGGAAGAAGUGUUUACAGUGUGUUUAGAAGAUCUGUGCAAACCAGAAUAUUUAGGUCAUACACAAUUCAGAAAACGUUCCUCGCUUCCUGUAUUUUUAGCAGGGAAACGAAGAGUAUGGGGUCUAACUGCCCUAAUAACAAACAUGUUCCUUACCGCACUUUUACCUCCUAAAGCCUAUUCACAUAGAAUUAAAUAUGUAUCUACUGUUAAAUUAAUAGAGCCCAAAGCAAUGUCUACCUGAUUUUGUAAAAUAAUUUUAAACCAAAAACUAUGUAAAUUUUUAUUUAUACAUUGAAACAAAGUGUACUUUGUUACUGUAAGAAUGUUAUUUAUUUGUUGACUGUUAUGUAAUUGAUUGUGAUAUGAAAAAGUUAUUACAAAAUUGCCAAAAACUUGUCACCAAACACAAAGCUUACCUUUGCUGGUUAACACAGGCAAAUAUAUAUAUAUAUAUUUUGUAUUUCGUAGUAGUUUUACAAUAUAAAUUACAGCAAUCAAUUUG